AUGCAACAUAACCAAUUGCAUGGAAGAGUACCCCCCGGACCAUGGAACCUCCCUAUGCUAACAAAGUAUAAUAUUGGUCACAAUAAUAUUGUUAGCGCACCGGAGUCCAUCGGCAAUCUUUCGAAGAUACUCAGAAUCAUGUUCAUGGGUUCCAACAGGAUAUCCGGCAGUAUUCCCUCCUCAAUUGUUCAACUGAAAAGCCUAGCUUUACUAAAUUUAGGCUACAACUUCAUUUCUGGUCAAAUCCCGCCAGAACUAGGCCAGUUGGAAGACUUACAAAAGCUAGUUCUAGGCAACAAUAGGUUUACUUCAUAUAUUCCGAGUUCAUUGGGUAAUCUUCGAAAGUUAACGAAAAUUGAUUUGUCAAGCAAUGAAUUGGGAGGAAAUAUACCCAUCAGUUUUACGAAUUUCAAGUGGCUAACUUCAAUGGAUCUCUCCAUGAAUAAGCUCAAUGGAAGUAAACCCAGAGAAGUUCUAAAUCUCCCAAGUUUAACCAUCAUCCUCAAUCUUUCCAGCAACUUACUGACAGGCUAUUUGCCUCGAGAAAUCCACAGCCUGGAAAAAGUCGUGACGAUUGAUCUCUCCAACAAUAAUUUAUUGGGUGAGAUUCCAAACUCGAUCCAGAAUUGUAAGAGCUUGGAGCAGCUGAUCAUCUCUAAAAAUUCACUCUCUGGAAAUAUUCCAAAUAGUUUGGGGGAAUUGAGAGGUUUGUUGGUGCUUGACCUUUCUUCGAAUCAACUCUUUGGUCCCAUCCCUCUUGAGCUUCAAAGUUUAAAUGCCAUCAAAAUCUUGAAUCUUUCUUUCAACAACUUGGAGGGGAAUUUUCUAAGCAACGGGUUUUUCUCAAAUCUCACCAAAGUUCAUCUUGAAGGCAACCCAAAACUAUGUUACGAUUCCAAAUGCACAAGAGGUGAAACCAGCAAAGCAAUUGUGACCGUGGUUUUGGUAAUCUCUUCAGUACUAGCAACAUUUAUAUCAAUCGCCUUGUUUUUCACCUUCCGGAAAACCAAUUUUGUGAUCUUGGAGAGUCCUGAUUCCUUUAAAUGCCGACAUCAAAUGGUGACAUAUAACCAGCUACGUUGUGCAACCGGGAACUUCAAUGAUGAGAACCUGAUUGGAUAUGGGGGAUUCGGGUCUAUCUACAAAGGGCAUCUCAAUCUCAAAGGUAGAUCCCAAGAAAUCGCUGUGAAGGUUCUUGACAUGGAAACCACUGGCUCGUUGCCAAGCUUCAUGGCCGAAUGUGCUGCCCUCCGAUAUCUCAGGCAUAGGAAUCUUGUCAAACUGAUUACUUCUUGUUCCAGUUUGGAUCCCAAGAACAAGGAGUUUCGUGCUCUGGUCUAUGAAUACAUGAAGAACCGGAGUUUGGAAAGUUGGAUCGGCAAAGAAAUGGGGUUUCAAGAGAGAUUAAAUGUGGCAAUUGAUGUAGCAUGUGGCUUGACCUAUCUGCAUCAUGAAUGUGUGGUGGCUCCAGUGGUGCAUUGUGAUCUUAAGCCAAGUAAUGUUCUAUUGGAUGAAGAUUUUACAGCAAAAAUUGGGGAUUUUGGGCUUGCCAGCAUCUUGGUUGAAAAAGAUCAAUAUGUUGAUGUUCUUAAAGGUUCCAUGGGUUACAUACCUCCAGAGUAUGGUAUGGGAGCAAAACCAUCUACUAAAGGAGAUGUAUACAAUUAUGGCAUUAUGCUUAUGGAGAUUUUUACCGGGAAAAGACCAACAGAUGAUAUUUUUGUGGGUGGUUUGAGCCUCAAGAUAUGGGUGCAGUCUGCUUUCCCAUCUAGCUUAGAUCUAGUGUUGGAUCCUUAUUUGAUUCAAGAACUAAAAGAGUUGUGGUCGAAAGAGUUGGGAUUAGAAGAGUUGUACUCAGAUGGUCGCUCCAUGAACCAAAAAAGGCCAUAUGAUUGCCUAAUAAUAAUCAUUGGAGUUGCACUUUCUUGUACUAACGAUUCUCCCGAAGGACGAAUCAUCAUAUCAGAGGCUUUGCGCAAACUCAAGAGUGUUCAAGGUAUGCUUCGUAAGUCAUAG